AUGCCACAGAGUGCAGUUAAUAGUUUUGUCAACAAACCAAACAUUACAGCUAAUAAUAUAGAAGAGUUUUCAAAAAAUCACAAUAAUAUUUAUAGAAUUGCCUUGCACAAUAUAAAACAUAUUAUAUCAUAUUUCAUGGGCACAGCACAGAAGAAUACAGAAGUAAUAGAAAGUUCAUAUACUGAAAUUCAAAAAAUGGAUUUGAAAAUCGGAUGA